CUAGCACUCUCCAGGAUGAUGCCUGGCAUAGUUCAGAAGAUGGCACAGGCCAGGGUUUGCAAGAAAUAGAUGUAGACCAAUCAUUACAGCUGGAUGAAGUGGACAGGAUACAGGGACAAUUCCCAAAAAAUUAUCCCAGACCCGCAGAGUGUGAAGAACAGCAAAUGCAGGUGGCUAUUCUGCUGAAACCAACUUUGCAACAUACGGGUGUGGAGUUUUUUGAUGGAGAAGAACUCUGUGUUCUCAAGGUGCAGACCAGAUCCGCCAGGUGUAUUGGGGAAUGGAGCAUGGGCUCAAGACUGUGAAGACUCCCACCAGCAUCUUGUUCAACCAGGACAAGCUGUUUAGGAAGUUUGGCUACGAUGCUGUGAUGAAAUACAAGAGCCUGCCCUCCAGCGAAGCUGACAGCUGGUACUUCUUCCAGAACUUCAAGAUGAAGCUGUACAACACAAAAGUCACAUCUGGCAUGGAACUGAAAGCCAGCAAUGGAAAGACACUUCCUGCCCUGACAGUCUUUUCCGAAAGCCUGCGCUACCUGAAGGAACAUGCCCUGAACACCAUCCAAGAGGCCUCUUUCCAGAUUGUCUGUGACCAGGAGGAGAUCACCUGGGUCAUUACUGUCCCGGCCAUAUGGAGCACUGCUGCCAGGCAGUUUAUGCGGCUGGCGGCAAAAGAGGCAGGACUCAUCUCUAACAUGCUUUCUGACAAGCUGAUUAUUGCCCUGGAGCCGGAGGCUGCAUCACUCUGGUGCAAACAGCUUCCACAGGAAGGUUUUAUGGCAGACACCAGUGACAAGAAGAAGUUUGAAGACUCCCCUGGGAUCCAGUAUAUUGUCGUUGACUGUGGAGGUGGCACAAUAGACAUCACGGUGCACGAGAUUCAAGAAAACCGUUACCUGAAGGAGCUGCACAAGGCAACUGGAGGUGGGUGGGGAGGCAACAGAGUGGAUGAAAACUUCAUUGAUUUGCUCAAGGAGAUAUUCAGUGAUGGCGUGUGGGAUGAAUAUGUAAAGAAACACCCUACUGAAUUACAAAAUAUGAUGUACAACUUCAGUCUGCAGAAAUGCUCUUCUAACAGGGAGGCAGUGUACAUACGUUGCUACUACAACUUGACCAGGAUGGCAGAGCGCAAGAAGGAAAUCUCCCACUUCUUCAAAAAAGCAAAAGGUGUUGAGUGGUGUGAUGGGAUGAUCAAGAUUACCUAUGAGAAAAUGAAGAGCUUUUUUGACUACAGUAUCAAAAAUAUCAUUCGUACUUUGAGGGAAAUUCUUGGCAAGCCCGAGAUGACUAAAGUCCAGUACAUUUUGCUUGUGGGAGGCUUUGCAUCUAGCAUCAUCUUGAGAGAUGCGAUCAGCGAGGCCUUUGGCAAGAAGCACCAUAUUCUUUGUCCACUGGAGGCCCAAGCAGCCAUUGUAAAAGGGGCUGUUUUAUUUGGUGUCAAUCCAAAUAUUGUUACCUCCCGAGUCAGCGCUCGGACGUAUGGUCUAGCAGUAGCUGAAGAUUUUAAUGCUGCUAUCCAUGACCCCAGUAAAAGAAGGGUGUCAAAAGCUGAUGGCUAUGUCUAUUGCACAGAUCUCUUCCGUAAGUUGGUGGGAAUUGAGGAGUCAGUGGAUAUAAGUAAAGUCUCCUGCUAUGAUUUCUAUCCAGUAGAACCAGAUCAGACAAGAGCACUUUUUUCUUUCUAUUGUACAGAAAAGCAGGAUGCUCAGUACGUAGAUGAGGAAGGGAUGGAAUGGCUUGGCUCCUGUACAGUGUCAAUGCCAGACACAAAGCUGGGGAGGAAACGCCAGCUGAAGGUGUGUAUUAAAUUUGGGCUCACUGAAUUUAAAGCCACAUGUACUGACGUUACUUCCAAACAAAGUCAGGAAGUUGUAAUGGAUUUUUUAGCUGUGUAAAAGCUCAGUACAUCAAGCAGCGGAAACUGUAACUCAAGGGAGAACCUUGCUUUAGUGGGAGGCGAUAACUAUUACAAUAGUGAAGGCAAAUUGAACAUAAAGUCCAUCAUCCAGCCUUCUGCUCCCACAGGUAAACAGUUUUCUAGUGUGAUUCUCUGGCUCCUUCCAUUCCUCACCAACCAGCCUUUCAGUCCAACAUCUCUGUUUCAGUGGUGUCUGGCAGCAGGUUUGUCUGCUGCUUUAUCUCUUGCCCUUCUAGCUUAGCCCUGUUGUAUCUCUGAACACAAUAGUCCAUACCACCAAUGUAAUAAUCUGUACCCUUCUUGUGUUUAGAUACACAGCUUGUGGACUGGUGUCUAACUUCCACGUAUUCCAGCCUACAGCUAUUUCUUUAAGAGUUUUAUAGUACUUAGGGAUAUGAUUUAUUUUGUCAGAGUUAGAUUAACAGUUGGACUUGGUGAUCUUGAAGGUAAUUCUGUGAUUCUUUCAGCUACAUCCUCUCUUCCUCUGAAAUCAGGUCUCUUUAUCUGGAGUUCAGGUUUAGCUCUGCCAAAGGUGACCCUCGGUCUUAUUCACAAACCCCUCCACAUCGGGAGGGGGAGUCGCAAAAGUAUCCUGACAGCCGGGAGCCUCCGGGUACCGGCUUGCGACAGUGACAUACAAUGGAUUCGAGUUGUCUUUAGAACAUCACUUGUAUAGAUUGUGUGUAAUUAAAACAAAUCAAGAUACACUGUGAAGCAGCAUCUCAAUGUAGUCUAGGGACUACAAAAUGUGUGGGGCUGUUGCUUCCAUUAAACCAUUGGGUGGUUUGAUCUCAUUAACUGGGCUGAUACGAUUGCCAGAUUGUAAGGUUACAGACACAGAUAGUGCUUGUGCUGUUGCCUGAGCCCUUCUGCCCAGCUGUGGGUACUCUGUACAUCACUGAUUUGGGCUUGAUAUUUUCCACCUUCCUAAAAGCUCAAUUCUUUGCCUCCUGCUUACAGCACCUCUGCACAGGUUCAGCACAGCAUGGCCUGCCUGCUCCCAGACUUGCCCAAGGGUGUGAUCCUAUGGUGUACUGGGUCUGGCUGGGCUAGGUUAACUGUCUUCACAGCCACUCUUAUGCUGAAGUGUGGUUUAUGACCAAAAGACAACUGAUAGCACACCAGUGUUUUAGCAGUACUCCAACAAUGCUUGCACAGCAGCAGGGCUGUCUGGAGGGUGGCAGGGGGGAGCAAGGGGCUGGGAGAGGACACAGCUGGCACAGCUGACCCCACCUGACCAAGAGGGUGUUCUGUCCCCUGUAAACUCAUGCUCAGCAAUAAAAAUGGUGGGAAUUUCUCCAAAGUAGCUAUUGCUUGGAGACUUGCUGUGGCAUCAGUCUGGGACUACCUUUGCAUCACUUGUCACAUUUUUUUUUGUGGUUUGUUUUUUUUUUCCCCCUUCACUGAGGUUGCAAAGUUUCCCCGCUGCACACUAGUCCAUCUCGAUGCAAAUACCUGGUUAGUAGGUUACAUUGCAUGAAAGCUCAGCACUGGCAUCUUAAUUAUAACUGUGUUAUAAUCACUGGUAGCUAUGUACAUAAUAUUGUCAAUCAUUAAAACAGCGGUCAAAGGUUUAAUCUGUACAUGUACUAUGCCCUAUAUGUGCACAAUAAAAGUAUUCACAACAGAA